GAAAUGUAGACGAUUAUCGAUGGUAAGAAGCGUUUGUGUGUGCUUCAGCCAGUGGUGGCGCUCGUGCACCGCAAACGCGAUGAACAUCCGAGUCUAUGAGAAGACGAAGGAAAAAGCAGUAACAAUAGAGACGGAGAACAACUGUUUAUGAGGCUCUAAAUACACUAUUUUUCUCACUAUUUGGUCAAACAGGAGGAAUUACUGCAGGAGAAACAACUGACAUAGUAAAGAUGGAGAUUGAGGAGGAACCCUGCAGAAUUAAAGACGAAGAGACAGAGGAACUGAUAGGCCCUGUGGAAGUGGAUGAAGACGAUCAACAACCUCAUCACUUCAUAAAUGAAGGUGGAAUUGCGGGCGUUUCACAGACCGAGCAAGAUUUCACACAGAAACAAGGUCCAAACGCUGGAGUUAAAGACACGUUCAUCUGCUCUGAGUGUGGAAAGAACUUCGCAUAUAUAUCAACACUUAAAAAACACAUGGUAGUUCACAGCGGAGAAAAGCUGUUCACGUGCGAUCAAUGCGGAAAGAGUUACACGCAGAAAUCAACACUCAACCGACACGUGAUAGUUCACAGUGGAGAGAAACCGUUCACGUGCGGUCAGUGUGGAAGGAGUUACAUGUAUAUAUCAGAACUUAAGAAGCACAUGAGAGUGCACACCGGAGAGAAACCCUACGUGUGCGCUCAGUGUGGGAAGAGUUUUGUUUUUAAAAAACACUUAAAUGCGCACGUGAGGAUUCACAGCGAGGAGAAACCAUUCACAUGCGCUCACUGUGGAAACCGUUUCAAUUACAGCAAAGACUUGAUUGUGCACAUGAAGAUUCACACUGGAGAAGACAUGUUCGAGUGCACUCAUUGUGGAAAACACUUCACAAGUAAAGGACACUUGAAUGUGCAUCUGAGAGUUCACACUGAGGAAAAACUCUUCGCAUGCACUGAAUGUGGGAAGAGUUUUAAAUAUAAAAGCGCUCUCAAAGAUCAUCUUCACAUUCACUCUGGAGUCAAGUCGUUUAGCUGUGAGGAGUGCGGUAAAUCAUUUGCUUUCGCAUCAAACUUAAGAACACAUCGUAAAGUUCACACUGGUGUGAAGCCGCACAUUUGCUCUUUUUGUGGAAAGAGUUUCUUACACCUGAACAAUUUAAAAGUGCACCAGAGCAUUCACACCGGAGUGAAACCUUAUGAGUGCUCUGACUGCCGGAAGUGCUUCAGUACGUCAAGUGACCUAAGAAAACACCAGAGGAUGCACACCGGAGAGAAACCGUACAAGUGUUCAUACUGUGAACACAGUUUCGGUCAUUCAUCAGGACUGAGAGUGCAUGAGAGAGUUCACACUGGAGAAAAACCCUAUCAGUGCUCGUCGUGCGGGAGGAGAUUCGCCCAAGUUCAUAACCUACGGGCUCACGAGAAAAGCCCGAAUAGUUGCCUGAGGUUUCAAAAUGAGCAAUCUUUAGACCCUGAAGGAGCGCUGAAGGAAAGUGAGUGAGUUUUUAUCAUUGUACUAUUUUUAUAAGGGUGGCUCUGUGGUUAGCACUGUCGCCUCACAGCAAGAAGGUCGCUAGUUCGAGUCUCAGCCGGGUCAGUUAGCAUUUCUGUGUGGAGUUUGCAUGUUCUCCCCAUGUUGGCGUGGGUUUCCUCCGGGUGCUCCGGUUUCAAGUCCAAACACAUGCGCUAUAGGGGAAUUGAAUAAACUAAAUUGGCCGUAGUGUAUGAGUGUGUAUGGAUGUUUCCCAAUACUGGGUUGCAGCUGGAAGAGCAUCCGCUGUGUAAAACAUAUGCUGGAAUAGUUGGCGGUUCAUUCCCCUGAUGAAUAAAGGGACUAAGCUGAAGGAAAAUGAAUGAAUGUAUUUUAUAAGUGAAAUGCUGAUGCUACAUGGGGCUUUUUAUCAAUUUUGCAGACCAGUAUGUUGCUUGGCUGCUUUCCUGUAUAUAGAAUGGUCAACACUAUUAUAUAUAUAUAUUAAUUGUGUUUUUUUUACAAAACAGGGUAUAUUACAUUGCAUUUAUUCAGUACAAGUUCAUUUAUUCAGUAACAAGUAACAACAGGUUUUUCUUUUUAAAACCACAAACUAGCUUAAAACAGAAAGAAAAGAAAUGAAUUAAAUAAUUAGAUAAAAUAAAAUAAAAAAUAGAUAAAAAUAUUAUGGGGGGAGGGGAUGUUGGGGGGGGGGGAUUCAGAAAGUACUGAAAAAUCAUACUCGAGUAUAAGCACCAUCACUUGGCCUAAAAUGUAGUGCAAGUAGAGUAACCGUAUGUGUUGUAAAUAUUACUGAAAGUAUGAGUAAAAAGUAGCCCUUUCAGAAGUACUCGAGUGACUAGCAGCGAGUAUUACACUGGGAAAGGCUGAUGCAUCUACAUGCAAUUUGUGCAGGGAUCUGUAAACGUACCAUUCUGUAGUACAUUUAGUGAUCUUCCUGUGUUCAUUCAUUCCUUCAUUCGUUUGUUUGUUUGUUCUGUCCUUCCUUCUGUCGUUUGUUUGUUUUGUUCUUCCUUCCUUUGUUUGUUUGUUCUGUCCUUCAUUUGUUUGUUUGUUCUGUCCUUUAUUCAUUUGUUUGUUUGUUUGUUUGUUUGUUCUGUCCUUCAAUUGUUUGUUUAUUUGUUCUGUCCUUUAUUCGUUUAUUUGUUCGUUCUGUCCUUCAUUCAUUAGUUUGUUUGUUCUGUCCUUCAUUUGUUUGUUUGUUCUGUCCUUUAUUCGUUUGUUUGUUUGUUUGUUCUGUCCUUUAUUCGUUUAUUUGUUCGUUCUGUCCUUCAUUCAUUAUUUUGUUUGUUCUGUCCUUCAUUAGUUUGUUUGUUUGUUCUGUCCUUCAAUUGUUUGUUUGUUCUGUUCUUUAUUUGUUUGUUCCUUCCUUCCAUUGUUUUUGUUCUGUCCUUCAUUCGUUUGUUUGUUUGUUCUGUCCUUCCUUCAGUCGUUUGUUUGUUCUGUCCUUCAUUUGUUUGUUUGUUUGUUUGUUUGUUUGUUCUGUCCUUCGUUUGUUUGUUUGUUCUGUCCUUCCUUCCUUCAGUCAUUUGUUUGUUUGUUUGUUUGUUUUGUCCUUCAUUUGUUUAUUUGUUUGUUCUGUCCUUCAAUUGUUUGUUUAUUUGUUCUGUCCUUCAUUCGUUUGUUUGUUCGGUUCUUCAUUUGUUUGUUUGUUUGUUCUGUCCUUCAAUUGUUUGUUUAUUUGUUUGUCCUUCAUUCGUUUGUUUGUUCUGUCCUUCAUUUGUUUAUUUGUUCUGUCCUUUAUUCGUUUAUUUGUUCGUUCUGUCAUUCAUUAGUUUGUUUGUUUGUUCUGUCCUUCAAUUGUCUGUUUAUUUGUUCUGUCCUUUAUUCGUUUAUUUGUUCGUUCUGUCCUUCAUUCAUUAGUUUGUCUGUUUGUUUUGUCCUUCAAUUGUUUGUUUAUUUGUUCUGUCCUUCAUUAGUUUGUUUGUUCGCUCUGUCCUUAAUUUGUUUUUGUUUGUUCUGUCCUUUAUUUGUUUGUUCCUUCCUUUCAUUUUUUUUGUUCUGUCCUUAAUUUGUUCAUUGGUUUUGUCCUUCGUUCGUUUGUUUGUUCUGUCCUUCAUUCGUUUGUUUGUUCUGUCCUUCGUUUGUUUGUUUGUUUUGUCCUUUAUUCAUUUGUUCUGUCCUUUUAUUCGUUUGUUUGUUCUGUCCUUAGUUCUUUUGUUUGUUUAAUCGCUCUGUCCUUUGUUUGUUUGUUUGAUCAUUCUGUCCAGCGUUCGUUUCUUUGUUCGUUCUGUCCUUCAUUCAUUUGUUCCUUUUUUCGUUCCUCCCUUCUUUUGUUUACUCAUUCAUUCACUUCAUUCUUUUGUUCCUUUCUUCAUUUGGUUCUUUGUUCAUUUAUUCAUUCAUUCAUUCAUUCACUUAUUCAGUCCUUCCUUGAAUCCUUCCUUCAUUCAUUUGGUCCUUCCUUCAUUUGUUCAGUCCUCCCUUCUUUCAUUAGUUCGCUUCUUCCUUCCUUCCAUUCCUUUAUUCGGCCCUUUCAUUCAUUCUUCAUUAGUUUCAUUUAGUAAUUAAGGCUGUUUAGUGAUUUCAGUCAUCAUACAGUCGACUUCCUUCAUUUUCUCAUUAAUGUCAUGUAUCUAAACAGUCUCUGGGUCAUUGCGUGUAAAGAUUUUGGACAUCAUCUUGGACACUUUUAAUUCUUCCAAAAGGAUUUCUGCAUUUAUAGAGUGCCCAUGUCUUCAGGUUAUUCAGUAUGAUGCCAUUUAUUUUCUAUGUGCGAUUUGAUUAGACAGAAUUUGCAGAACUGAUUUUUCUACUUUAGCCAAUCCCCAUAGACAAGAAAACAAAGUAGUGACUGCAGGUUGAAGGAAAAUAGUGGGGUAAAAGUACCGAUACAGCACUAAAACUGCACUCAAGGGAAAGUAAACGUACACUUUUAAAUCUACUUAGUAAAUUACAAUUCCUAAGAAAAACUACUCAAUUUUAGUAAUUUGAGUAUUUGUAACUUGGUACUUUACACCACUGGUUGGAGGCGUGCAACAAUAUUGUAUCUGUAACCAAUUGAGCUAAUUAGUUGCUCCUCGUCUCACCUGGUUGCCCAUUUAAUGUCAAUGUAACACUGUUAGUUCUAUUAUUGCAUGUUACUAUGUCUUGAACAGUGUAUGUAAUGGACACGUUGAUUUUGUUGCCUGUUAAAAGUCGUUGUGACGCACUUGUAUUGUAACUGAUGUCUUUUGUCUUGCAUUUAUUUUGUUACAGUAAUAAAAA